ACAUCUGGCAGUGCCUCAGCUGAUUGCUGUCAGUGAAUUUGAUUUUCGUUUUCUUCACUCCAUUCUUGUGUUUUCAUAACUCACAAAUAGCAUUUCUUAAUAAAUUCCUUUGCAUUUCUUUAAAAAAAAUAACUUGAUAGAUAGAGAGAAUCAUGUCCAGGAAUCUAAAUCGAUUGCUUGUGUCAUGCAACAAAAAUUUCCUGAGUCAAAGAGUAAGCUCAGCUCAAAACUUCUUACGACAACAAUCACAAGCAUCGAAUCCAACUAAAGGCAAAGGUCCAAUAUCAUGGAAGAGUUUGGGUAUUCUGUCAAUCCUUGGAGCUGGCGGUCUUGGUUUUAUGUACUAUGUGAAAAAUGAAAAAGAAGAAGCUAUGAUGCGGGAGCGAAAGAGGCAACUGGGUAAAGCACAAAUUGGAGGUAAAUGGGAUUUGGUUGAUUGCACUGGAAAGACUAGAAAGUCUGAGGAAUUCCUGGGCAAGUGGCUAUUGAUUUACUUUGGAUUCACGCACUGUCCAGAUGUGUGCCCAGAUGAGUUGGAAAAAAUGGCAUUGGUUGUUGAUGAAAUAGAUAAGGCCCCCAAGAGUCCAGGAAUCCAACCAAUUUUCAUAACAGUUGAUCCAGCAAGAGAUUCAAAGGAAGUUGUUGAGAAAUACGUUAAAGAAUUCUCACCUAAACUUCUCGGUCUUACUGGAAGCCCUGAACAAAUUAAUAGCGUCUGCAAGGCCUUUAGGGUUUACUACAGUGCCGGACCUCGAGAUCAAGAUAAUGAUUAUAUUGUGGAUCACACAAUUAUCAUGUAUUUGGUUAAUCCUGAAGGCGAAUUUGUUGAUUAUUAUGGACAGUCCAAAGAUAAGAAUCAAGUGACUUCUUCAAUUCUUGUAAAUAUGGCUAAAUGGGAUCAGCUACAAAAAAAGUCUUGGUUUAGUUAAGUAAAGAUUGUGUAUUAGUUUUAUUACUCACUCGAUAAUCGAUAAUGUAUUUCGGGUGAAAUUGAACAAAAUAAAAGUAAAUAUUUGUUAUUUCGGUCGCUAAUAAAAAAGUUAUAAAUUAUCAA